AUGUAUGUGAAAUGGCUUGAUAGAGUAAUGUUUUACUAUGUGAUUUUAGUGAUUUUAGUGAAUGUCACUUUUUGUAAUUUUCAAAUUUCCCGCCGUUCCGUCCCCCGUACGUCCUGAUGCUCGCAGGGGACAGAACCCAGAUGACAGAUGCCGGCAUCCGCCGGGGACACUGCAGGACAGGACAAGGUAAGCGAUCGAGGGAUUACUGAGCAAUGCCGCAUGGUAAGCCCGACUGUAGCUCGGGGUUACCGCUUGUGCUACACUCGGGAAUACCGCCAGGGAGGU